GUUAUAUUUAAUUGGUCACUGACUUGUUAGCUGUUAACAGCAAAUACACAACAAAUGUCCAUUAACUAUCGUAACGACAUUAUUUAAUAAUUACUGUUCGUAUAAACAACAGCCAGAAGAAACCUUUUCGUCAUAAAGCCUUUAAGUUCGCAAAGCUCAAGUGUCUUUGAAAACACGCACAGUCUCCUGGCAUCAGGACGAUUUCGGGAUAAACACGAAACAGAAUAUUGUCAGCCCUGAGCAGAAAACGCCGGCCUCGUAAAACAACCUUUAUUACUUAUACAUGUAAACAAAAAUGUCGGUUUUCUCUUAAGCUGUGGGGAUAACUGGCAUAACCCUAGUAAUGGACUGAGUGGUAUAAAUGUGGUUCAUUAUGAGGGCUUUAUUCUAUUUCUAGAUUUUCAUAAGGCCUUUUAUUCUGGUUAGCACACCUUUAUUUUGAGGACUUUAUAUCAGUUAUUUUAGGUUUGGUGACAGAUUUAUUGAAUUUAUUAGUGUACUUUAUGAGGGUAUUGAAAGUUUGUAGCUUCAGUAAAUGGCAACUGCUCAAGAUUUGAGAUGGAUACGUCAGGGUUGUGGAAGUUCACCACUUCAUGAUGCUAGCAGAGGUGUUACCCAUUUUAACACUAGAGCAUGCAAAAUCCUCUUGGACCCGCCACAUCCUGGUCACCACCUCUUCCAGCUCCUUCCCUCAGUGAUAUCCAUAGAGGUCAAGUAGCUGUUGAGUGAUGGAUAUUUUCGAGCAGCUUGUUCUCCUGCUCUGGAAGAACAUCACCUACCGCAGAAGAAACAAGAUUCAACUGAUUAUCGAGCUCUUCUGGCCGCUCUUCAUCUUUGUUAUCCUCAUUUAUGUUCGUAACAGCAAUCGUCCUUUUCAGCAGGGCCAAUGUCAUUUUCCAAACAAGGCCUUGCCAUCAGCAGGCACCUUGCCCUGGAUUCAAGGUUUUAUCUGCAACAUCGACAAUCCCUGCUAUAGCAGCCCAACACUAGGGGAGACUCCAGGCAAAGUUGGCAACUUUGACAACUCCAUAAUUUCUCGUGUCUUUGUGGAUGCACAGACGCUUUUGGACUACAGUGCAAAACAUGAUUUCAACAGCCUCCAGGGUCUGAGGAGCACCAUCCAGAAGUUGGGAGAGAGACCUGGAUUCUGGCCAUCUCUCCCAGUAGCAGAGUUCCUAAGAGCCAAUGAGAAGUUUUCCCCCUACUUGCUCACCAAAGCCGGCCUUUCACCUGAGACUGUGAAGAAGCUGUUGAGUGCUAAUCUCAAUUUUAAGGUUUAUUUGACAGGACCUGAGCUGCAGCUAAAAGACCUUGUGUGCAAUAUAGAGGAAUUAAAAAAGUUUUUGAGAGUCGACGCAGGGGAAGACUCUUUGGUUGACCUGCAAACUCAGCUGUGUAACCUGCCCACUGAUGUCAUUCAGGAGGCCCAUCGGCUCUUUAUCUCUGAGCUGGACACGACCAAGCUCGGCAAGACAUUCAUGUCCGGUAUCACCCCUUUCGACCUGUUAGACGUCGGCCUAUCCAUCAAACAUAUUUCCAACGAGUUUUCUGACAUCAUGACUGUUUUCUCAUCCCUCUCCAGCUUCUCGGACAUGAGCAAGGAAUUGAGCCUGUUGUCUCAAGGGAAAGUUUCCAGGGAAAGUUUCCAGGCAUUCUCAAGGAUCAUGUGCGAUCGCUCUGAGAUUGACAGUAAACGAAUCCCGUCAUUCAACUGGUAUGAAGACGACAAUAUUAAAUCAAUCAUGGGAACAAACGGCUUUGAAGACAUGAACGAUGGCCCUACUAAUCAGACCACUCCCUUCUGCAAGAAUUUGAUGCAAAGUAUAAAGGCUAAUCCCAUGUCCCUUAUUGUAUGGCGAGUAGUUAAACCCAUUCUCAUUGGAAAACUGUUGUAUGCACCAGACACGCCUGCAGUUCAACAAGUUAUGAAAGAGGUGAAUAAGACUUUUAAAGACCUUCAGAUCUUCAAGGACCUGAAUGAGGCUUGGUUGGAGGUGGGGCCAGAAAUAAUAAAAAUCAUGGAGACUAGAGUAGAGAUUCCGCUACUGCAGGGUUUGCUUCAGCUGCCCAACAUUGCGACACGAGUCAACCAGCGACUGGAAAAAACGUCAUGGACGACCUCACGGAUAGCCCAUUUCUUGUCCAGUCCUUCAUCAGAUGCACCGAGGAGUAGGGGCGAAAAUUCAACCUGGCGGGAUAUCUACCAAGACCUAGACUCCGCCAUCACCUAUCUUGCACAAGUCACAGAGUGCUUCUUCAUCAACAAGUUGGAGGGGUUGACGAGUGAAGAUCAGCUGAUCGGCAGAGCUUUGGAGCUCCUGGAGGACAGACAAUUUUGGGCAGGUGUGGUGUUUGUGCUUCCCAACUCUUCAUCUGCUGAGCUGCCGGCCAACAUCAUCUACAAGAUCCGAAUGGACAUUGAUGAUGUUACCCGCACUGAUAAAAUCAAGGACAGGUCUUGGGAUCCUGGUCCAGCAGCUGACCCAAUCAAUGACAUGCGCUACAUUAGGGGCGGCUUUGUGUAUGUUCAGGACCUGGUGGAAAAAGCCGUGUCCCAUAUUCUGACAAAUGUACAACAAAACAUUGGCCUCUACAUUCAGCAAAUGCCAUACCCCUGCUUUGUGGAUGAUAUUUUUCUUCGAGUGUUGAAUCGCACCCUUCCGCUUUUCUUGACGCUGGCCUGGAUCUAUUCUGUGGCGAUAAUCAUUAAGGGUGUGGUUUACGAGAAGGAAGCCAGGCUGAAAGAAACCAUGAAGAUUAUGGGACUGAGUACAGGAACACUGUGGCUCAGCUGGUUCAUCAGCAGUCUUGUGCCUUUCCUGCUGUCUUCUACGCUCCUUAUUGCUGUACUUAAGUGGGGUGACAUCCUGCCAUACAGCAAUGGGAUUGUCUUAUUUUUUUUCCUGACGGCAUUUGCCACUGCCACCAUCACGCAGUGUUUCCUCAUCAGUACUUUCUUCUCCAAAGCCAACAUGGCUGCUGCAUGUGGGGGGCUCAUAUACUUUAGCCUCUACCUUCCAUACGUACUGUUUGUGGCAUGGCGAGACCGCGUCACCACCACUCUUAAAGUUUUCGCUAGCUUUCUGUCUCCUGUGGCCUUUGGGUUUGGCUCUGAGUAUUUCUCUCAAUACGAGGAGCAAGGUGUUGGGAUCCAGUGGAACAAUUUGCAGUCCAGUCCAGUGGAGGGAGACUCCUACAACUUUGCUACAUCUAUAGCGAUGCUUUAUAUGGAUGCCUUCAUAUAUGCUAUAGCAGCCUGGUACAUCGAAGCUGUUUUCCCUGGUGAAUAUGGCGUGCCCCGGCCGUGGUACUUCCUCUUUCAUAUCAACUAUUGGAGGGGAAUUCCGCUGGAGGAUUGCAUGCAAAUCCCCUCUGCCCCUGCCGAGCAGGAUAAAGAUCGCAUUGAAGCAGACCCAACUAACCUGGUCCUUGGUGUCAGCAUCAGUAACCUGGUGAAAAUCUACAAGAAAGGAGCCAAGAUGGCUGUCAACCACCUCAACCUGAAGUUCUAUGAGGGGCAGAUUACUUCAUUUCUGGGUCACAAUGGUGCAGGGAAAACUACUACCAUAUCUGUACUGACUGGUCUGUUCCCGCCCACCUCGGGGACUGUUUACAUCAAUGGGAUGGACAUCCGCCAAGACGUUGACACCAUCCGAAGGACACUAGGAGUUUGCCCACAAUACAAUGUCCUGUUUGAUAUUCUAACAGUGGAGGAGCAUAUAUGGUUUUAUGGCCGUCUGAAGGGUAUGUCUGAGGAAGAAGUGAAGGCCGAGCUAGACUCUUGGCUUGAAGAUGUUGGACUGCUUCAUAAACGUCAUGAACAAACUAAAUCCCUCUCUGGUGGCAUGAAGAGGAAGCUGUCAGUGGCAAUUGCAUUUGUCGGAGGCUCUAAGGUGGUGGUUUUGGAUGAACCUACAGCAGGGGUGGACCCGUAUUCCCGUCGGGGCAUUUGGGACAUGUUGCUGAAAUACCGCAAAGACCGAACCAUCAUCCUCUCCACUCACUACAUGGACGAGGCAGAGCUACUUGGUGAUCGUAUUGCCAUCAUCUCCCAAGGAAGGCUGUGCUGCUGCGGGUCACCACUCUUUCUUAAAUCUAAACUGGGAUCUGGCUACUCCCUGACUGUGGUCAAAAAGGACAACGAUUUAUUGAGGAGUGGCGACAUACCCAGACCAUGCAAUGGAGACACAGGUCUGGGUAAUAGGGAUAGCUCAUGCAUGGCUCCACUGCUGUCCCUGGCACACCGCCACUUUCCCGGUGCCAGUCUGGUGGAGGAGUCAGGGUGUGAGGCGGUGAUAAAUCUACCCCAGAAAUCCGCCAAAAGCAGAUGCCUGGCUGUCUUCCUGUCAGAACUGGAUCAGAAUAUGAGUGAGAUUGGAAUUGUCAGCUACGGCUUGUCUGACAGUAAACUGGAGGACAUAUUUCUACGAGUGGCAGAGGAAACUGAAGUUGAUGCAGAACCAAAGCUGCAGGGUGAUGAUCCUCUGCAAGAGCAGAGCGAACACAGGCAUCAUGCAGAAGAGCCCAAGAUAGAACCUCAAGAGACGGACCUACUGACCGGAGCUGGCCAAGGUGCUUUGACCCUGACUGGAUGGAGGCUGACCAGGCAGCAGCUGAGAGCUCUCUUUAUCAAACGAUGGCUCUAUGCUCGCAGGAGUCGUCGAGGCCUCUUUGCUCAGAUUGUGCUGCCUGCUGUGUUAGUGCUGGUCGCUCUGUUGGUCAGUCUUAUUAUACCAAAGUUAGGGAAGUACCCAGCCCUGGAGCUCCAUCCUUCCAUGUAUGGAGAACAGUACACCUUCUUCAGCAAUGAUGCUCCUGGAAAUCCAGCCAUGGAAAAGCUACUGGAAGCUGUGCUGGACAUGCCAUGUUUUGAUACCAAGUGUAUAGAGAACAAGAACAGUGUUACGAGCCACCAGCGCGACAGCAAACAGGGAGGUUUGUUCAAACGGCCUCAGGUUCCCUACUCUACCUGGCAAAUGGUCAGUAAAGGCAACUGGACCAAGGAGAGGCCUUCUCCUGACUGUCAGUGCAGCACAAAGGAUGUCCAACGGAUGCUCCCAGACUGUCCGGAGGGAGCCGGCGGACUUCCACCUCCACACGUCAUGAGGCAUAAUGGGGUCAUUCUGCAAAAUUUGACAAGUUAUAACAUGUCAGAUUACCUGGUGAAGACCUACUCACAAAUUCUGAAGAAAAGCCUGAAGACCAAGAAGUGGGUGAAUGAAUUAAGGUAUGGGGGCUUCUCCCUGGGAGGUGUCCGGAAUUCAUUUAAGGAUGUCGAAGUUUCAGUCGGAAAGAUCAGAACACACUACUCAGUUCCACAGAAUGGUGCAUUGAAUAAAUUCUUAAACAAACUGCCUGGCUUUCUGAAACGCCUUGACACACAAAACAACGUCAAGCUAUGGUUCAAUAACAAAGGCUGGCACGCUAUGGUGUCAUUUGUUAAUGUGUUGAACAAUGGCUUGCUCAGAGCCGGUCCACUUGGACAAGGAAGCAUCACUGCCUAUAAUCACCCACUGAACCUCACCAAGGAGCAGCUUAGCCAAAUGGCUGUGAUGUCAAGUACAGUGGAUGUUCUGGUUUCUGUCUGUGUGAUCUUUGCAAUGUCCUUUGUGCCAGCCAGCUUUGUGCUUUUCCUGAUUGAAGAAAGAGCCAGUAAAGCCAAACACCUCCAGUUUGUCAGCGGCGUCCAACCAGUUCUGUACUGGGUGGCAAGCUUUUGCUGGGACAUGCUGAACUACGCAGUCCCGGCCUUUAUCGUGGUGCUCAUUUUCAUCGGUUUCCAGCAGGACGCAUAUGUCUCAAAGACCAACUUGCCGGCUCUCAUCCUGCUUCUCCUCUUGUACGGGUGGUCCAUCACCCCCUUGAUGUACCCAGCAUCCUUUGUGUUCACCGUUCCCAGCACAGCCUACAUUGUUUUGACCUGUGUCAACCUCUUCAUUGGAAUUAAUGGCAGCAUUGCAACAUUUGUUUUGGAAUUGUUUGUAGAUGAGCAUUUACAAGAGUUGAACAGGAUCCUGAAGAAGGUGUUACUCAUUUUCCCUCAUUACUGCUUAGGACGAGGACUCAUGGAUAUGGCUAAGAACCAAGCCAUGGCUGACACCUUUCAGAGACUAGGCGCCAAGCAGACCUUGGACCCUUUACAGUGGGACUUUGUUGGGAAGAACCUCUUCGCUAUGGCAGUACAGGGCGUUGUCUUCUUUAUUUUCACCUUAAUGCUGCAGUCCAUUGGUUACAGACGUAUCCAAAACUCCUGUGUUGGUCUGUCAUGUGUCAGGCCAGGGUCGUUUGUCUCUGAGAGCCUUCCUCAUGGCCCAGAGGAUGAGGACGUGGCCAGGGAAAGAAAGCGGGUCAAAAGUGGCAAAGCUGAUUCUGACAUCCUCACCAUGAUUGACCUGACCAAAAUUUACAAAGCUAAUACAAAGCCAGCAGUCAAUCAACUCUGCUUGGGGAUUCCUCGUGGCGAGUGCUUUGGCCUGCUCGGUGUCAAUGGUGCAGGGAAGACUUCAACAUUUCGUAUGCUGACGGGAGACACGACUGUCACCUUUGGCGAGGCUUUCCUCAACAAGCACAGUGUCCUGAGAGAGAUGGACAAGGUUCACCACCUGAUGGGAUACUGCCCACAGUUUGAUGCCAUCUGCAACCUACUGACUGGCAUCGAACAUCUGGAGCUGUAUGCCCGUCUACGGGGGGUGCCUGAGGAGUCUGUCACCGAGGUGGCUCAGUGGGGUGUGAAGAAAAUGGGACUGAGCCAGUAUGCCAAGCAAGAGGCUGGAGGCUACAGUGGAGGCAACAAGAGGAAGCUCUCCACUGCUAUCGCCCUCAUUGGCGCACCGCCUGUUAUAUUUCUGGAUGAGCCCACCACUGGCAUGGACCCAAAGGCAAAAAGGUUCCUGUGGAACUGCAUCCUCUCCUUCACCAGAGAGGGAAGAGCUGUCGUUCUGACUUCACAUAGUAUGGAGGAAUGUGAGGCUCUCUGCACCAGGAUGGCCAUCAUGGUCAAUGGCCGUUUCCAGUGUCUUGGCUCCGUGCAGCACUUGAAGACCAGAUUUGGCGAUGGCUACACCAUCAUCAUUCGUCUGACAGAUAGUGAAUCCAAUUCGGACACGUGCCGUGUCAGCAACUACAUGAAGAAUACCUUCCCCAUGAUCCAGCUGAAGGAGCAGCACCAGAACGUGCGGCAGUACCAGCUUCCAGCGCACGCCUGCUGCCUGGCUCGCGUGUUUGAUGUGCUGGCCCACAUAUAUGAGGAGCUGGGCAUCAGUGACUUUUCUGUUUCACAGACCACCCUGGACCAGGUCUUUGUCAACUUUGCUAAGGACCAGACUGAUGAUGGUGAUAAUGUCAACUGUGCUAAGGGGCAGACUGGUAAUGAACAGCCCUUAGACAUGAUCGUCAGUAAUGGGACUGUUCAGUCCAACCUGACUGCCCAACCCAUUCAGAUUAACCCUGCAGGCAUCCCGCACGAGGCACCCGUCCCACAGCAGCAAAGGACCUCCUCUUCUGGCAAAAGAAGCAAGAGAGGUCGAAAAAGCAGGAACGGCAGCAGCUUCAGUGGUCAUGGUGGCACCGAGGGAGAGGUGCAUCAAUCAAACCAGAACAGCAAAGAUCCUUCUUCUCUCUUCAUGGUUGACACCAGCACAGAUGACAUGCCAGUGUGACAAAGUAGUAAGGAUAAACAUGCUGGUUGACUUCUAUCUGGACCUUAACCUAUUUUCAGCCUGGAAAGGUCGUUGAUGUCCUAUAUCCACAAAUCGUUAGUGAAAAGGUUCAAGUAAGACAUAAAUUGUUUGGUGCCUUGUUCACACACUCUUCAGCUUUGUCUCUUCACAAGAGCAAGGAGGCGGCAAGGGGGGGUUCUGCAGCAACACCAAAGAGUAUUAAAGGUCAUGCUUAGUGUUAGUGACAAUUAUUCAUGCUUAGUGUUAGUGACAAUACUUAAAAUGAAUUUUUCAUCUGUCUUUUGCAUAAAUUUUACCUGACUUGACUGUCCAAAGCAUAGUGAUUGCCCUUUGCUGGUAUACUGGAAGUUGAUGUGAUUUGAUGGUAUUUCAAAGCCAUAACUGACACCAAUGAACCUAACCUUGUUGCUCAAAUAUCUUGAUUCUUGUAUGAAAAUCUUUACUACUGAAUGUAAUUCUCAGCUGUUACAUUUGAAACCGAAUGUUUGGGUUUGUGAUUGUCACUACUGUAAAGGAUGAGAUUACAUGUACUUUGUAUGCCCGGUUGUGAUUGCCACUACUGUAAAGGAUGAGAUUAUUUUGAAUUUUGUAUGCCCGGCUUUUACCUGACGCAUGUAAGUAUAUUAAAGGUGGAAAGUUGAAAUGAAACCUGUUGGCAUGG